GGUUUGAUUUCACUUAAUUUAAACCGGAAAACACCCACAAAACACCCAACUCGCGAAAAUAUCAAUCAAAACACAUAUCAUUUCAUCUUCCUCUCCUCUCAAACUCUCUCAAACCUCUCAAGAACACCAAAUUCGAUUUCCAUCAUCUCUCAUCCGAUUUUUGUAAUUCUUGGUGCUAAACUCAUUAGUUUUUCAAGCUCUAUCCGUUUCUACCAUCAGUUUUCAUCAAGACACAGAUAAUGCCUAAGAGACAGAAGAAGCAGGGUGAGCGUGGGAGUUCCUCGGUACAGACUGCUAGGCUCAGCACAAGGGGCAAUUUCCGAAAGACGGAUAGGUCUCAUCCUGCGAAUCGAGAGAUAACCCAGCAGUGGGAUAUACAUGAUGAUGAUUUCUACGAGCAGAUGAGGGGAGUGGAAAUAUGUCCGUCGCGCUUCGCUCACAGAGACACUACAGAUGCAUUGGGGAUAACCGAGGAUAUUGAAGCCUUGUUCGAGAAGAUUGGCCUGGGGAACAUCUUCGAUCUUCACUGUGAUUGCUAUGCUGAUUUGACCAGGCAGUUCCUCGCAUCAGCCCGCCUCUACCAUCCUGACGAGGACAACCCGGUAGCUGAUAAGGCAAUGUUCUCCUUCAUUGUGAACAGGCAGUUCCACUCCAUGACCAUCUUUCAACUGUGCGACGUCUUUGGGUUCGGGAAAGGACGUCAAUCUUGUGUUCCUGACUUCCCGGAACACAAUGAUUUCUGGAAAUUCAUCGCUUCAGGAAACUUCAUCUCUCGAGAGGCCAAGCAAGCUAGAAUUCGUAGCCCUGUUCUGCGAUAUGCAGUGAGAGUGAUCAGCAGUGUUAUCUAUGGAAAGACAGAACCCGCUGCAGUGACAAAAGAUGAGCUAGCUCUUCUGUUCAUCGGGGCUGGACACCUAUGGCCUCAGGGCGCAGACAUUACCUAUGUUAGCGGGAAGGACAUAAACAUAGGAGCUGUGAUCGCGGAGAAGCUUGCGUACUUCAAAGUUUCAGACACGAAGAGAUGUGGGUUUGGAGCGGUUAUCACACGGAUCUUAAGGCAAUGUGGAGUGUUUCUUCCACCUUUGGACAGAGUGGUGGAUAAGAAGGGGAUGCAUCAGAACUUUUUCGACAUGAGAGCACUCAUUAGCAGCCACUACCUCACCGGCCCUUGGCGAGGUAGCAUCGACAAGUCAGCCCCUCAUAUCUACCAGUUCCAUGACCCACAAGGGAGAGAGCAAUUUGUCAAACUACCCUAUACCGCCAUCACCGAGCUGACUGAUCCAGGUGCUCUCAUAUUUCUACCACCGCCUGCAUUUCUCUGCGCCAGACCCGCGACACUGAAGAAGAAAGGAGUCGCAUCAUCAUCGACACACCAGCAGGCACCACAUGAUGAUAUAGAGGAGGAGCCUGAAGAUGAGGAAAGUCUUUUCCCCACGGAUUUCACUCCGUAUAUGCUGCCACCAGCACCUCCCGCUACUGCAUCCGCUGCUGAGAUCAACGCUUGGUCCAUCAAGAGCCAUCAAACCAACAACUCCAUACUGCUGAAGAUGUGGAAGGGAAUCUGCAACAUUAAGAAGGGAUGCGCAUCACAGCCAGCUGUUUCUGGAGAUAGCGAUGACGAUUCAGGCGCUCACGACACCGCUGCUGGACCUGAGGCAGCGGAGGACUCUGAUGAUGAUGGAGCAUUGGAGAGGCGCUCGAAGAGGCGCACUGACCGCAACGCCUGAUCGGUAAUCUCUCUUGGAAUUAUUUUCACACCGAGACGGUGUGAAGUAAGUCUGGGGGAGGAUGCUACUUAUGUACCAUAUUGCUAUUAUUUCUUUUAUUUUCUUAGUUUAUCGGAUUUGCUUGUGUUUUAAAAACUCUCUACGUAUUUUUAUCAGACCCUGUGAUGAUUAUUAGACUAUUUCCUUGUGUGUUGUGCAUUACAUUUCAUAUUGGCCAUUUUUCAGGACUGUUAGCGCAGACAAACCGAGGAACCACUUGACCAAACAACCUCUCCUUAAAUCUUUUAUCAAGUCUCGGUGAAUUGUAAUCGACUCAACUAUUUUUGACCAUUAAUGAAUUUAAUUUCUUUUGACCAGGAAUCAACAUCAGGAAACGGUACACCAUAUACACAUUCAGGAUUUUCUUUACCACAUUUUACCACUCUUUAAUAAUCCUGAAUGGCCAGACUCAUCAAUAGUUUGGUACCACACCUACACCUUACCCUUUUAUUUCAUCUCCAUGCAUUCUUACACACUGAUUAUAUGUGCAUACAUGUGCAAAAACAAUGGAGAGAUUAGGGUAGACAUGGUUCAUCCGACUGGUAAGGUAGGAUCGGAACAUUUAGGUGGUUAGACACGGACCUGUGUGUCUAGAGGUGUAAAUAGAAAAAUUGGGUGUUGUAAGUGUGUGAUUGCAUCGCAGUGUAUAUAUUCGAUUUCGGUUUGUAUAAGUUUUCGUUCUGAAAUAUA